CUGGACAUGUUGACUCCUGUGCUCUCUUUGACAAUAUUUAGCGUCGCCAGUUCGGAGCCCACGCUGUGAACUGGCGCAAACAACCCGCCCUGGACUUGAUCCCCAUGCCAGGGACAAGCCGAGCUCGAGGCCCGCAUUAGCUCAGCACGGCCGACGGUUCUGUCGGUCCAGGGCAGGGGAUGAGGCCUGAGGAUGAACCACUUCCGCGGGUCGCGCUGCGCCCAAGCCGGAUCGUGCCAGAUCUGGCAUGUAGCAACCGCCCGCCCCUGAUCGAGAUCACCUCCGCCGCCCGCCCUGCGCUGGGCCUUCGGCGCCACACAGUUUUCCCGCUUCCGGGGCCCACGAUGUCCAGGAUUGUUCCCGGUACGCUGCAAUAUAAUGUUCGUGUCCCCGUGGGUGGUUGCCUUGGACGCUACUCCCACUCUCCCCCUCGUUAUUCCGGUCUGUACAGGUUAGCAUGGUCGGCGUGAAUUUGCAUCUCAACGAUACGAUGGGCUGCACGUUUAUUGGAGUGCUGUUCGCCCUAGGUUUAUACGGGGCUUCGUGCGCGCAGACGAUAUUCUACUAUCAUGAAUAUCCAAAGGACCACAUAAGGCUGAAAGCGUUGGUGGCUAUACUCUGGUUACUCGACACUGCCAGCACAAUCCUCGAUAUCUGCUUUCUCUGGUACUGGUUGAUCACAUACCACUCGGACACUGGCGGUCUGUCUGUCCUUCCCGAUGCGUUUACCGCGGAAUUCUUUCUCGCAUCCUUGACCGUGUGCAUCGUCCAAUGUUAUUUCAUAUCAACGAUCUGGAGGCUACUUGCGUCCAAGUGGUUUCAGUGGCCGCUGACGUCUAUCAUGAUAUUCCUCGCGGCGGCAUCGUUUGUCGGAGGCAUAGUUACCGUAUAUCGGAUAAACCUCAAUACCCAGGCUACCGCGGCUGUCGUAGCUUCGACGGUUCCGGCUUCAAUACAAACGGUCACUGCAUUCGUUGCAGACGCGUAUAUCACGACAUCCCUUUGCGUGAUCCUCUGGGGUCGGAAGACCGGGUUCAAAAGGACUGAGGUUUUGAUCACCACGCUUAUAGUCUAUGCCAUCCACCGGGGUAUCUUCACGGGCCUCAUACAAUUAGCGCACUUUACUACGUAUAUCUCCACUAUUCACUCUGACAGUUUGUACUGGAUGCUAUGGCACAUCCCUGGAAGCAAAAUCUAUGUCAAUUCGCUCCUUGCAGUAUUGAAUGUACGCCACCAACUACGCGAAGGGCCACCAGAAGCAGAAUACUCCCUCGACGUCUUCUCUCUCGACUCAACACCGGGCCAGAGUGUUUCUGUUUCAAGGAGGAGAUCGCGAGCAACACUCAAUAAGACGACCCAAUCUCGAACACACAUCAUGCUCACAAGAGAAGUCGUCCGAGAUGAUGGAGAGAGGACUCGUGUUCCUUCGCCUAUCAAUGAGACCGAUGUAGGAGAUAAAGUACCGUACUCAUAGCACUCUGCUUCAGUGAGAUGUACCACUAGUAAUACACUGUUUGACUCGUUGUGGCACGCGCAAGGCCGCGGGCGACAGCGGCGG